AUGAGGACGGAAGAGAUCUCGCAGGAGACGACCCUGCUGCUGCCCGACGCGUCUCGCGACCGUUCUACCCGCACAUCUACCAUGAACACAGGGGGUGAAACCUGGAUGACGCCGAGGAUCGUGUUAUGGACGUUUACCGUGACUAACUUUCUGCUCUACUUCGAUCGUGGCGCAACCGUCGGUGCGCUCUCCUCCAUCUGCUCCGACCGAAGCCUCGUCGGCAAUGAAACGCCGCUGUCCGAUGCCAAGAGGGGCUUCCUUGUCUCCGGGUUCAUUAUCGGCUACGUGGUAGCUAGCCCCCUCUUCACCUCCCGCGGUAGCGCCUGGGGCUCAAGGGUGGUCAUUAUGCUCGGAAUGGCGCUGUGGUGCACUACAUGCCUCGCCUGUGCCGUUUCCUUCAGCUACACGGUCCUGUUUGUCUGUCGCAUCCUUGUUGGCGUGGCAGAGGCGGCGUUUGUCGCCUUCACCGUCACAAUUAUUGACAACAUUGCCCCUACCACGCAUCGGACGUCGUGGAUCGGUUUCUUUUACUCCAUGAUCCCCAUCGGAACGGCUGUGGGAAUGGGCUCCGCCGGUCUGCUCACAUCGUACCCGACGCUGUGGGGCUUCACGGCGUGGCGAGUGAUAUAUGUGACAGAGGUGGUGGCGGCGCUGCCCAUUGUGGUGCUUCUGUGCUACAUCCCGGCGUGCUACCACCUUGCUCCAGCCACGGAAUCUGCCCCGCAGAUGCCCUUUCUCACCGCUACUGGCUGUGUUUUAGGCAACACAAACUACAUGCUGCUUGUACUUGGGUUUUCAAUGUACUGCUUUGUGACCGGUGCCGUUAUGACCUGGGGAAUACCCUUGUUGCACGAGGGUCCUCUGCAGUUCCCCAACGCUACCGCUGCGCUCUUCAUGGGCAUCGCGACGACGUGCAGUGGUGUGGUAGGCUCGCUGCUGGGUGGCCUCGCUGUCGACUACUGGGGCGGCAGCACUGGCCCUGCUGGUGCAAUCCAGUGCCAGCGGUUCAACAUCCUCAUGGCCCUCAUCGCGAUCCCCUGCGGGGAGGCUGCACUCUUCAGCGCCGAUGCGUUGGUGUUUGCGACUACUUUUGGGCUGGCAGUGACAGCACUCUUCGCCAUCACAGCCCCCAUGAACGCCUCCAUUCUUACCGUGGUGCCAGCCGGCCUACGCCCGUAUGCCGUGAGCUACUCCAUUUUUAUCAUCCAUCUUCUCGGUGACUUUCCCUCACCAACGCUAGCGGGGAUUGUGUCAGACUUUUUUGGGCGGAACUGCCGUGGCCUUUCACGUGAUCGCUGCCGUGACGCUGAGCAGCAAUUCCAAUGUGCCUGGAUUGACGGCGCAGACGGUCUGGGACGGUGCAUCUGCCGCGUUCAGCUGCGCAACGCUCUUCUUUUGGUCUUCGCGUACCUAUCCCUUGCCCCGCUCUGCUGGACGGUAGUGUGGUGGCGUCUGCACCGCGAUGUCCCCACUGCAAAUGCCAGCCCCGAGGACGCAGAAGACUUGUCUACCUGGAACACGCCUGAUGUGUCAGUUUUUCUCCUCUCUCACUCACACGAUGAGCUUGACGAAGUGCUCCAGACAUGCGUAUGGUUGAAGCGAUUUGGCCAUCACUAG